AUGCAGAUUUUCAAUGUGGGUCAAGAAGUAGGUGUGAACCGGGUGCACGGAUAUCUACCAUCACGCAUAGUGUUCUUCUUGAUGAAUUUACACAUCGAACCACGUGCGAUAUAUUUGAGUAGACACGGAGAGAGCGCAUACAAUAUCGACAAUCGUAUUGGAGGGAACCCGGGGCUCACAAAACGUGGUCAAGCAUAUGCAUCUGCGCUCCAAAA